CCGAUCUACUUUGGAUAUGCGUGAUCAAGCAACACAAUUGCGGCCGAGUGCUAAACCCAUCGACUUUCAGGAUUCAGAGCCUCCUCGAUCUAGCCCAUGCCUCGCACGGGAACCACUCUCGAGGAUGUCGAUGUUCUUCAUAUCACUGUCGCGGACCACUGAUCUGCUUUUGUCUAUGCAUGUCGCUCCCCAUUCAUGAAUGGCAUCGACAACAAAGAACCCCGCAGUGGCCAUUCCCACGACGGCACCGACCAUCAAAACCGACCAACGCCUCGUAUACCUUGUCUCUGACGACCACCAGCGCGACGACCGAGAAUGCAGGGCGCUGUGGAUUCGACUAACAUGCCAUAUAACGCCACCUAUCCCGCCGACGUGGACCCACCACCCGAAUCCCCUCCCCCAACAUACGCGCAGGCGACCGGAUCGCCCGAGCGCCGCGGGAUCUACAGUCGAGUGCGCACUCGCAUUCGCUCGCUCUCGCACUCUGGACCUCGGCCCCAACCCCGCAAUGACCCCGCCCACGCCAGCGUGCCACAAAUGCCGCAACAUAUCUUGGACCAGCUAUACGCAUUGGGCCAGCUGCCAUCCUUUGUGGUCCAGCGCAGCCAAAUCAGCCCAGAUGCAAUGUUUGACUCCUCGCGAUCGUCUUCCCACUCUCCUUCCUUUCCCAUGCCGCAUCGCGAUUCUAAUGUGGCGCCCUCGAGGGAGGGCUCCGUUGACUCGCAACCUGACAUUACCUUCCCGGAACCGGAGUUUCCGCAAGAGAUUACUUUCCCCGUGCCAGAGAUCUCCGACUCUGCGUAUGCAGACGUUCUGGCACGCAACGUCGCUCCUUUGAACAUCAGACCCAAGAGCUACCACAACACACCUGACUCAACAGCCGACGACGACACACCUGCGUUUCCGCCACCCAGCCUCACGCACGUUCGUAUCAAGAGCGAACUCCGGUCGAAAGCAUCGAUCUACCUCUCCCUCGCCAUCGGUCCUCAACAGAGCGAACGCUACAAGCGUUUCGAAGAGUACAUGAACGCUCUAGCCAGCAACGCACGCCGACACCCGCUGGCCAACGCGAACACGACUUGCGACGAGAAGACGGCACUCGCAUUCGAUACGCUCUACCACAAACCCUCGUUCUACUUCAAGGAGUUGAGUAUCGUCCUCCGCCACACCAUCGUCCGCGGGGGCAUCUUCCACGGCCAGGACGCCUUCCGCGCAGUCCUCGGCCACCUCACGCACCUGCUUCCCAGUUUUCGGACCGUGACCGUGCGCUUCGAAGCCGAGGGAGACAUCGAGGCCGACUCUCUUGACGACCCGUACUCAGACUUCCAGGGGUGUUUCACGGGCCUGCAGCGUCUUUGUCUCCUUUUCCAUGGUGGCACCGACAACCUCAUCGCACGUCUUUCCGCGUUCCCACUGCACUCCCUGCAGAAACUCUUGCUCACCGGCAAAAUGUCUGAGGCGGAUGUAAUUUGGAUUUUAUCGCAGCCUCGACCGCACCGGCUCAACAAGCUGAGCGUACGCACGCUCCUGUACGACGGCGAUCUCGAGCAACCUCUCUCACCCAAGCAACGACGCAAGCUCAAGUGGCCGGAGAGGCUGAUCAUCACCGCGCAGCGCGUCCCUACCUUUUUGGGCAUCGUGCCGCGCAAGUGCGAGUUCACGCUCAAGUUGCCGGCCGCGGACGCGGCGGUGCAGCGUCUGUUCGAUGGGGAGGUCAUGCCGCGGUGGACUCUGAUUGUGGACCCUAGAAUCGGUGGUGAAGAUAGUGUAUAGCAAUCAAGACAACGGAAUUUUUCUAUGGAUUUCAUGCGGGAGAGUACGGCUUGC